UCUAUCUCUAUGGUGGAAAGUCGACGCCAAACAAGGAAAUGUGACCACGUAUUCUUUGUUGUGACGAUUUUGAGAAUUCGUAACAUUAGCGAAAUGGCAGAGUUACGUUUGGAUUUAGACAAUAAUUUACAGUAUGGCCCUUUCGGCAGCGAUUUAGCGGAUAUUUGCAUUGACCAGGAUGGUGAAUGGGACAUCAACUUGUUUGAAGAACUUGAGAACCUAAGUGAUGCAGAUGAACUCCUUCAAGAAUUUGAGUUCACACCACAUGAUGAAAUAGCACUGAAAGAGGUGAAUGACAUUAAUCUGUUACAAUGGAGAUCCUUCACCAGUGGAGAUACUGACGCUUGCUGCACAGGUGUCGGAGUUCCUGGGUCCUCCCUAUCACCUGGAUCAGCACUCAGUGAUACCUCCUCACUGUCACCACUGUUUCUGAAAGAGGAUGCCGUGUCUUUGCAGCCUUUGCCGACAAUUCUCACUCCUGGAAAGAAAAUGCACAAGCGGGUCAGCCAAUCUCCCAGAGCCAAGCCUACCAAGCGACCUGCCCACCCACCCCAGAGGGUGUCAAUCCAGCCCAAACCGCCCCCCUCUGUCCCUUUAACACAGCCUGUGGCCCCUUUUCUCAAAACCAGGACCAUUGUCAUCCAGCCCGUUGGCCUACAGACUGUGGUCUCAGUGGUCAAGGCACCACCACCUGUGACUGUUCAUGCUACUGCCCCCUCUACUGCAGUUCACACAAUGCAUCUCAAGCCGAAACAGUUGAUUGGACCCCAGAUCACUUCCCCAGCCCCUGCCCUCCUCGCUGUCACCAACCAGGUGGUCACCAUGCCAACUGUCCCCCAUGUUACCAUCGGGACCACUGCCCUCUCUGGCCAUGCCCAUCCCAUGACGGUGACCUAUCACAGCACAGCAGUGGACACUGAGGCGUGUGUGGUGCGGCGGCAGCAGAGGAUGGUGAAGAACCGUGACUCGGCCACGCUGUCCAGGCUGAGGAGGAAAGAGGUCCAGCAGGCUCUGGAGGCCCGUCUCAGGGGGGCACUGUGUGAGAACCAGAGGCUGCUCCAGGAGAACGGAUCCCUUAGGACCGAGCUGGACAGACUUCUCACUGAGAACACUGUUCUGAAGGUGACGGCUCCAAAGAGACGGGCUGUGUGUCUUAUGGUCGUCCUGGUCUUCUUCGUGCUCAACACGGGUCCCAUAAGUGUGUGGGAGUCAGAGACCAGCAACUCCAGCCUGUCCACUGGGAAGCCACAAAGCAGCCGACAUCUGCUCAGCUUCUCCCCCGACCAACAGCAGAGGAGAGGGGAGGAAACACCAGACCCCCAGUCCCCACUGGAGCCCCUGGAUGCCCAGUACCCACAAUCCCACCAAUCCCAGGACAGGUGGGAGGAUUAUACUCCAGAGGAGAUGGCUCUAGCUGUGGUCAAGAAGGAGCCUCUCCUGUUUGGGUCACCUUCCUCGCCCCCCUGCCAACCCCACUCUCCUGUCUCCAGGUCCAAGUCCCUCCGUCUGACUCAGAACUUGCGAGGCUGGGUUCAUCGACACGAAGAGGAGAGAACCAAGUCCACACGCUCUACCACUGAUCAGUCCAGACAUACAACAACAGAUCAGCACACAACCAAAACUGUCCUGAAGUCACCUGAGGAGAGACCCCAGACGAACCAGUCCAGUAACUCGGUUGUAACAGUCCGCUACUCUGAUAGGCCAGGGAGUGAGGUUCAGGUGUACUACUCACGCCAUCAAAGCUACAGGGACUUCUUUGAUGAGUUAAAUCGACGAGGCGACACUUUCUACGUGGUGUCCUUUCGCAGGGAUCACCUUCUGCUCCCUGCAACCAACCACAGCAAGGGGAGCAGGCCAAAGAUGUCCUUGGUGUUACCAGCUAUUAAUGUGAACGACUCUGUCAUCAAGGACGACACAUUUGAGGUGAUGAUGCAGAUUGACUGUGAGGUCAUGGACACCAAGAUCCUCCACAUCAAAACCUCCAGCAUCCCAGAGAUCCUACGUGCCAACACCACUGACUUCCAAUCCACCCAUGCCAACAGAAAGGCAUCAGCGUCGGUUGGUGUUCUAUCAGACUCUGCCUGAAAUUGGCCUUACCUAAAAGGCCUGGCAAUCUAAAAAUCUAUCAUUUUACCAACCUUUUGGUGUAUUUAAUAAACUGUGCCAUAAAAAUGUA